CCGUGCUACAGUACAGUGUAAAGGUGACAAGAGCACUGAUUGAAUCUCAUCCGAGCACCUCGUCCAAAUCCAACAAAUUUCCACCUCGAAUCUCAAUCGCUCGACGCUCGUCUGAUCCCACCACUUCGUAUUACCAUCCUUCUCACGUGGGAUCAACGCGAUACGGAAGACUCGGGCGGAUUUAUAUAACACCAGCUAUUAUGCCUUCGACCCGGCGCCAUUGGCUUGAUAAUGUGUAUCUCGUGUACUUUGUGCUGCACAUCCCGAUUCUCUUCUGCGUCGAUCUCGUCCCCUUUUACCCCCCCUCCCUCUGGUCCACCCCCACAUCUCCCCUCUCCUUCCUGGGAGACCUGAGGUCGUACUACCUAUCCACCUACAAGGAUCAGUUCUUUGCUCCUCCGCCGGCCCCCAUCCCGAGUUUCUUCCCUCUCUUCGCCUUUUGGGAACUCGUUUUCCACUUGCCUGUUGCUGUGUGGGCUGUUGGCGCUCUGUGGGGAAACAAAGAAGGACGCGGACAAGGCGGGUUGAAGGGAAAGGAUGAGUUGUUGCUGUUAGUGUACGGAGUCGAGACAGCAUUGACAACCGCGACGUGCAUGUGGGAGGCUUGGUUGUGGGAUGAGACGUUGAUUGGUUUGGGGGAGAAGGCAGUGUUGCUUGGGGGGCUUUAUGGCGGGUAUUUGGCGGUUGCGGUGUUGUUGACAGGUGAUAUGUACAUGAGACUGCUCAAUCGCGUUGAGGCUGUUGAUGAGAGGAGGAAGCUGCAGUGAAGGCAAGGAGUCUGGCGGCCUGUGUACUGUCGUCUGUUGGCAUCACUAAUAGCAUCCCGGUGCGCAUCGAGAACAUCCAAACGAUCAUAUGGUAUUCCUCCAGUCGUAGCUAGUUGCAAACCC